GCCUCGCUCUCGCGAGAGUUAUGGCAAAGCCGCAAGCGGCGCGCGGUGCGAGGGGAAUCUGUCACCUUCAGCGGGGAGAAAAUGCCGUUCUUGCAUCGCUCGGAGCCGGGCCUUGGCGAACACUGCCUCACGCUGAGGGUUCUGAUGGACGUGCAGCUCAGGGCCUGGCCGACAACCUCUGUGCUCAGAGCCGCCCUCUGACCCGGACUGCGGGAGAGAGCAAACGAAGGCAUCCUUUACACCAACCUUAGAGGCUGUAAUUCCUUCAGGUAGAACCCAUAUCUGAACUGAACAGAGGUUACAAAGAAGCGUUGACAUCUGUGCAGUUCACUCUUAUCACCUCCUUUAGCAUAUUAGAUUAAAAGUGCUACCAGAGCAAGACCGAGUCCAAGUAACGUGCUGGACAGCCUUUAUUCUCAUGGCAUGCCGGUUUCCACUUCCUCCUUGUCAACUUUGCACAUACCUGAAUAGCUUGGAGGAAUCGCAUUGCUCCACAUUAAGUCCACGAUAAAUAACAAUUAGCAGCAACAGCUGAGAAUUAACAACCCUUUCCCCACUAGGAAAUAGUUUGCAUUAGUCAGGGGAAAGUGUCAAUGGGAGCAGUAGCACAGUCUCAAAUGUGGAAAUAAAGCAACAGCAAAAGAGAUGAAAACGGCACGAGGCUGGGGGGGGAGUUAGGAGUAUUCCUUCCAGAAAAGGCUGCUUGAUAGAAACGUAAUGGUAGGUACAAAAAUCAGACAGAGACAACAAGGCACCACCAUUACUGGUGCUUGCAGAUCACUGCAGGUCUCGCUGCUCCUAGCUCACAAAACAGCAGCGUAAAUUGCUUCAGCCCCGAGGGGCCGUACGAUGCUACCUGUGAGAGGAAGUGGUCUUUCGUUUUCCUUGCAUGGAAAAACAAACGUGGUAAGUUAUGUCAAGUGACACCCUCGUUUCUCAGAGCUUAGUUUAUAAUAGGACACUUUAUAUUGGGUAAGUAGUAUAGAUUGGGGCCACAUCUGCAUAAUAAAGGCAACGCUCCUGCAAGUUACAUCUUGCAGUGCUGUAAUUACAGACUUUAUGGUCGGUAAGCAUAUUUAAACACAACUGAGCCCAACCACAUUCUAACCUAUUUGCAUUUCAUCCUCACAGAUAGAACCAGUACCUGUAACCGUUUGAUGCAGCGACAGCUGUGCAGCUUAUAGAUGCAGUGAGACAUGAUGGAACUGCUGGCUUUUGCCAAACUCCCCUGUAACCCACAUGCGUUUAACAAAUACACCUUUGACCCGUUCAGUUGCACUGGCAUCAGCAACUUUGUGCUAAAAACACAAGCUGGUGCCUGGUAGGAACUACUUAUCUUUAGGGUAAAGCUGUCUUUUUUAUGAUCAGAUACAGCCAUUCAGCUCUUGAGGAAAAACUCUCACCUGCAGAGAUGUGUUCUGAGCACCUGACUGAGUGGCAGCAUGUGCACAUGCACAGGGAGCAGUGCCAGCACUAACAGUGACAUGGUGCUGGCUUCACAUGACUCGUCUGGGAGGGGACAGCCAACUCCUGCUUGGAAACACCCCAGCGCCGGUGCCUAAACCCUCAUAAAGCUUCCACAGCAGUAGUGAAAGGUGAGGAGUUGUACUCUGGGCUCUGAGCAGACACAAAGGACCUCUGCUAGGCUACAAUCAGCGGGAGGUGAGCAAAGAGACAGAGCUCAAAGGUAUCGAGGCUUGAAAAUACCUGAUUGAAACUGAAGAAAUCACUAAAAGGCAAUAUCGUAUGCGUGUUUAAAAUACAAUUGUAAGCUUUUCUAGGGACUGUACUUGCCUUCUGAGCUAUGCAGAGCUUGGCACGAUAGGAGACCCACCAGACAUAACAUCUCGUCCUGUAUCUGGCUGUACAGUGUGGCUGAUGUGCAGCUGUUGUGGAGAGCAGUGCAUUCCUCCUUUCUGAAACGCCGCAAGAGGAGUACUCCCAAGGCACUUGCUACCACCAUGAAGAUGAAGAGAGACUCCGGGUAUCCCACCAUGGCUGCACAUCAGGACCAGGAAGAGAAGCUCUGGGUUGCCGUGAAGAUGUCUGCCAUUGUCCUUGGCUCAGCCCUGCUCAUAUUCACUGCCUUAAUGAACUCUGUUUCUUGGUAUGUGCAAAAGAUCUGGGAUACUUCGGGCUACUUCUGGCAGACAACAUGGCUGAAGCUUUACGACCUGUUUGAGGGAAGGGAAUGGUCGCUUUUCCUCUUCGGGGCUGCACUGGUUCCUAGCCUUGCUUUUUGGUGCUUCAAUGGAAUCCUUAUGGUGGCUGAUGUAACAGGAAAGCCAACCUUCAUUACUCGGUAUCGCAUUCAGCUGGGCAAGAACGAUCCUGUGGACACACAGAAAUUGCGACAAGCCAUCCACACAGCGCUGUUUAAUCAGUUCUUUAUCUCCUUUCCCAUGCUCGUGCCCAUGUUCUAUGUAAUGAAAUGGUGGGGCAACACCUUCAGCAAGGAAUUACCCACUUUCCAGUGGUUUCUUAUGGAGCUGAGCAUCUUUACCUUAAUAGAGGAAAUCCUCUUCUAUUAUUCACACAGGCUUGUUCAUCUCCCACUCCUGUACAAGCACAUCCACAAGAAGCACCAUGAAUGGACAGCCCCCAUUGGUGUGGUCUCCAUUUACGCUCACCCAUUAGAACACAUACUCUCCAACACGCUGCCUGUCAUGACUGGCCCGAUGCUCAUGGGGUCUCACGUGGCUGUAAUCGCAGCGUGGUUCUCCCUUGCUCUUGUAACAACAAGCAUUUCGCACUGCGGUUACCACCUGCCCUUCCUGCCAUCGCCAGAAUUCCACGACUUCCAUCACCUCAAGUUCAACCAGUGUUACGGAGUCCUGGGAGUGCUGGAUUAUCUGCACGGAACAGAUGAUGUGUUCAGACAAAGCAAAGCCUACGAGAGACACAGGGUCCUCCUCAGCCUCACCCCGCUCUCCAAAAGCAUCCCAGAUAUACCCAAGAAGGCAGAGUGAACCCUCCAGCCUGCAGCUCCUGCAGAGCCCAGGGACAAGGAGAGGAGCAGACAGUGAAUUACACUAACUAGUAUUUUACUUGGGAAACAAGUUAUUAUUCACAAGUAAUGAAUCUCAAAACUGAACUUAACACGAUCCUUGAGAUGACUGCAUGUAGUGCCUGUUAUUUUCCACCUAAAGCAUGAAAAAACAACUCUAGAAAGUUAUUUCUAAACCACUGCACUGCUUCUUGGUUCCAGCUGCCUACAUGUAAGAUGCAUUCUAGGCUACGUGGUUGUGGGAGUUGCAGAAUUCUCAUUGUUAAGGUUAUAACUUUUCAUAGGCCAUGCCAUGGCCUCUGCCAGCAGCAUUCUAUAACAAUAGCAGUAUGAUCACUGUAACUACCUAGCACAGGAAUCAAACCCACAUGGCUUCACACAUCCCCUUCAUGCACGUAACAGGCCUGCUUUUCCCUCAGCAGUUUUUCCACUCUGUAAGUUGCAGGUCUGAUUUCAGGGCUCUUCAUCAACACUCCACAAACCAACCUCUGCAAAUGCAGAGUUUCUCCCAUAGGAAAAGUAAGGACAGUUGGGAGCUGAUAUGUUUUUCCUGUUGAAUUUAUAUGGGAGGAAACAAGAGCCCUCCCAGUCACUGUCCCCACAAGAAGGAAGGUCCCUUCAGCCUGGAAUCCAACUGACACAAGUCCUGCUACAUCAGCUCCCACUGGUGAGCCUGAUGGGUGUCAGCCCACGGCAGCAGCUCUUCCUGCACUGUCCUCCAGUUCCUCCAAGAGCCCUGCACCAGCCCAGCCCAUCCACAGAGCCUACAGCCCCCUGGGGAAAACACAACGGUUAGCAGAACAGAAAACCCAAACCUCACUGUCUUUUGAAGUUUUUAUUUUUAUACAUUUUUUUUUUGUAUUAAAAAGGAAAAAGCAUAAUUACCACAAAUUACAAAGGACUAAAGCAUUACUAGAAUAAUGAAUCACAUCAGCCUAGAAAGCAGAUACUCUGAAUAAUAUUAAUGUUAUAAUACAAGCUCUCAUUCAAGUAUUUUACAUUUUUCUCUUUUCCUUUUAUAUGCGAUGAUGAUCCUAGCACAUGGGUCAAAGAUUAUGUACUAUCGACAGAAGAUGGAUCAUGUACAGCGGGCCAUAUUAACAAGAUUUUCCUCCCAACUGAUAAA